AUGGGUCGGUUAGAAGAUGCUCAAGAGCUCGCAAAGACAGACCUGCCAAAGGCCGAGGCCAUCUACAAAGAGAUACUCUCAACGCCUCCUGGGAUGAACGAUGCUGCGCUGAGAGACUACGAGUUAGCUCUAAUGGAGCUAGGUGGGUUGUAUAGGGAUAAAAGACGAACACCUGAGCUUGCAGAGUUGAUCAAAACGAGUCGGUCCGUGCUAUCUGCAUUUGCGAAGGCCAAGACUGCUAAAAUCGUCCGUCAACUGAUUGAUCUCUUCACCACGAUCCCCGAUACCUUGGAUAUCCAAAUUUCAGUCACCAAAUCUUGCAUCGAAUGGGCUAUUUCCGAAAGACGUUCUUUCCUUCGCCAGAAUCUUGAAACCCGUCUCAUCGGACUCUACCUCCAGAAGCACUCCUACACAGAAGCCAUAACUCUCAUCAACUCACUCCUUAAAGAGCUGAAAAGACUCGAUGACAAGAUGGUACUUGUAGAGGUCCAGCUUCUGGAAUCUCGCGCCUACCAUGCCCUUCGAAACAUCCCCAAAUCCCGCGCAUCACUUACAUCAGCCCGUACAUCCGCCAAUGCUGUCUACUGCCCUCCACUUAUGCAAGCAGGUCUCGAUAUGCAGAGUGGUAUACUCCAUGCGGAAGAUAAGGACUACAACACUGCGUUCUCGUACUUUAUUGAAGCCUUGGAUGGAUACUCAACUCAGGAUGAUUCAAAGAAGGCUAUUGCUGCGCUUAAAUAUAUGCUUCUGUCAAAGAUCAUGCUGAACCUUACCGACGAUGUUCACCAGAUCAUGACCGGAAAGCUCGCAAUCAAAUAUGCUGGUCGUGACAUCGAAGCCAUGAAAGCCGUUGCCCGAGCGCACUCGAACCGGUCAUUGGCUGAAUUUGAGCAAGCUCUUGCGGAUUUCAAGGCCGAGCUAGGAUCAGAUCCAUUCAUCCGCUCUCACUUCACGGCACUCUAUGAUACCCUACUAGAACAAAAUCUUGUUCGAGUUAUCGAACCCUUUUCUCGUGUCGAAAUCGAGCAUGUCGCAAAAUUGGUGGGGCUAGGAACUCAACAGGUUGAGGGAAAGCUAAGUCAGAUGAUCCUUGAUAAGGUAUUUUCUGGUGUGUUGGACCAGGGAAGUGGAUGUUUAAUUGUAUUUGAUGAGGUCGGUCGUGAUAAGAGUUAUGACGCGGCGUUGGAGACGAUCAAGAAGUUGUCUGAUGUGGUUGAAGUGCUUUAUACCAACCAAGCCUCCAUGCUAGAUUAA